GCUACUGCAGCUUGCGGACUGGAAACCCCCUGAAAGAUCAGCGUUGAAAGAAACGAAAGUUGAGCCUAACUAUUGAUGCUGUUCAGAGUGGUGCGGAGGAAAAAAUAAACACAAAAGAACAGGAAAAGAAUAAGACAAAGUGAGCCUGCUUUUCAAGACACUGGUCCUGCUUCAACAGUGAUCCUGCGUCAAGUAAAGCUUAGCAGUGUUUAGCAGUCUUCAACUUGACCACAACGCUGAAGUGAGAGCAGAACAUGGACGUGGUUGUGCGCCAUAACCACAGAGGACACCAGGAGUUUGCUGUCCAGGCCGAGCACUUGAAACUGCCGUACCUAGGACUGAGACUGAAAGCUCAGGGCAUUCACAACGAGUACCUCUUCAAAGACAACAUCCCAAAAUACCCAAGGCCAGAGUUCUGGGUUUCCCAGCUCAGACACGACACGAAUGGUGGCGGGCUAUUUGGCAUAGCCGUCGAAAGCGAAGGGGGGUUCUGUGCUAGGGACCGAGAAGAGGGGCCAGAGGACCCAGAAGAGGGGCCAGAGGGUUUGGACCUGCUGUGGUGGAGCUUGUCUUUGGGAGCAGAGGAGAUGGCCUCGGCUGAACAACGUCUGCUCCAGACCAGGUACCCUGACAGGACAGAGGAGCAGGCCAGGGAGCAGAAAUCCUUCCUGCAGAGGUUCGCCACCUCACCUGCCUUCCUGGACACCUCUCGGCUGGGCUCCUACCGCUUCACCUACCCCCUGGAGGAGCUGCUUAAGAGAUACCGGGAACAGCUAUGCGUUGGACACGAGCCAAUCCUGCGUGUGUAUGAGACAGUCCUGUACAAACAGGAGGUGAUGUACUCAGUGCUAGUCCACAGUCACUACAACAACGACCUCUUUGAGAAGUACCCUCUCCUCCAGGACAAUGACGAUGGAGUCUGCGCUUACAGAGAUGGACAAAUCAUUUGGAGACCCGAGGCCAUGUGUGAGACACACAGCUUCAAACUGGUGCCAAAGCCCUACCAGAACCAGGAUGUAGCCCACCUGAUCCCUGAUCCACAGAAACACCAGUUCUACGUUUGGGACAACAUUGCUGUAGCGUUCCACAUGGACGGUUCACAGAUGUUGAACUUCGAUAUGUACAAUUUGAGAGGCCAUCUGAGAUUCUGUGAGCCAGGAACGCCACCAAUUUCCCCCAUCUGUGAGUUCACCACAUACGAGGAGGCCAAAGACAUGGUAGACUGCUAUUGGCCUUACUACCAUACCCCCCUGUUCUGAUAAACUUACUACUACACCCCCCUGUUCUGAUAAACUUACUACUACACCCCCCUGUUCUGAUAAACUUACUACUACACCCCCCUGUUCUGAUAAACUUACUACUACACCCCCCUGUUCUUAUUUCUCCUAUUUCUUGAUUUGUUGUUUGGAUUGUUUUCAUGAUUGUGUAUUUGGAUUGUAUUUGCGAGACGUUCUACUGCACUGUUGGAGCUAGUAACACAAUCUUUUCCAUGCACCUGCCAUAACACCUGCAAAUCUGUGUACGUGACCAAUAAACUUUGAUUUGAUGAUGAUUUUGAAGUUAGGUAAAGUUAAAAUUAUUAUUCUUUUAACAUGCUUCACUGGUUUAAACCCAGUAAGCUACAUGUGUUUUUGUUAGUCAGCAUUAGUACAUUCUUUGUCAGGUUUGAGAACAUAUUGCUUUUGUUAUUUUUGUGCCUUUGCUCUACAAGGAGCUAAAAGGACUCAAGUAUUUUUUGUUAAGUUAGAAUUUUUAAGAAAAUAAAUCUUCUACAUUGGGACUAAA